UUCAUGAGGAAGAGGGAAGUUUGUGACGUGGGGCAGGGCUUGUCUGCCGUUUAUUAGUCAGAGAGCAAGGAACCAGGUUGCAAGAGCUCACUACUACUACCCACUCUGUCGGGUCAGAGAGAGCUCCCGGGACGAGGGAUGUUUUUAUACUACAAAACGUUCUAGUAGAGAGACAGUGAACAGAAACACAGACCGGGGUGUCGCAGCUGUAUUUCCUGUUGUAAUUAAAACUUUCUUAACUUUUUUAAAGGCCAGUUGCAUUUCAACUGAAGUUGAUGACUUGGGUAAAGCGCUAUCAAUUUUCCGUAGCCCAUUUCGAUAAGUGUGACAAGAGUUUGUCUCUUAUUUUUAUUUUUUUAAAACUUUUGGAAAGUAGGAUUUUUCCACAAUUCUGUGCAUUUUACUAGACUCGUGAUGGUUUCCCUAUCACUUACGUUACUUUUAGGACUUUUAGCAAGUUUGACUUCAGCUGAAAAGGCUGGUGAAGUAGAACGAGAGGAGCUGCUCAAGACCCGGCUGAAGGAGUAUGGCCUGGUCACUCCCUUCAGCACCGACGCCCGCGGACACUACCUGUCACACCUGCUCUCGGCCAAUCACAAGCAGCGCGUCCGGCGGGAGGCCUUCCCCUCCGGGGAGCCCCAGCAGACGCUCUUCUUCAACAUCACCGCCUUCGGCAAGGAGUUCCACCUCCGCCUGCGCCCCAACGACCGGCUGGUGGCCCCCGGGGCCAAGGUGGAGUGGCACGGCAACGAUGACGGCGGAAGGGAGAGCGAGGACGGCGGAAGGGAGAGCGAGGACGGCGGCGGUGGCGGCGACAUGGGAGAGGGCGGGAAGAACCGAACCGGGCCUGGGGGAGCUGAGCGGAUACUGAGGCGAGAGCUCCUCAAGACGGACUGCACCUUCAUCGGCGACAUCACAGAUGUUCCCGGGGCUUCGGUUGCCAUUAACAACUGUGAUGGGCUGGCGGGGAUGAUCCGGACCGACUCGGACGAGUACUUCAUCGAGCCCUUGGUGCGGGGCGCCCAGGAGCUCGAGGACAGCGGCCGGGUCCACGUGGUCUACCGCCGCUCGGCCAUGCUGCAGGAGCCCUCUGACGACCCCCUGGACGACCACCAACACGAGAUGGACGUGCCGGGCGCGCUGGACGCCGUGGCCAGGCAGGUGAACCAGACGGUACGCAGCCGGCGCCACGCCGGGGAGGAGGACUACAACAUCGAGGUGCUCCUGGGCGUGGACGACUCGGUGGUCCGCUUCCACGGCAAGGAGCACGUGCAGAACUACCUCCUGACGCUCAUGAACAUUGUGAAUGAGAUCUACCACGAUGAGUCACUGGGGGUCCAUAUCAACGUCGUCUUGGUGAGGAUGAUCAUGCUGGGAUACGCCAAGUCCAUCAGCCUCAUCGAGAGAGGGAACCCCUCGAGGAGCCUGGAGAACGUCUGCCGCUGGGCCUUUGCACAGCAGAAGGCGGACUCGGAGCACUCGGAGCACCACGACCACGCCAUCUUCCUCACCCGCCAGGGCUUCGGCCCCACCGGCAUGCAGGGCUACGCUCCAGUGACCGGUAUGUGCCACCCAGUGAGAAGCUGUACCCUCAACCAUGAAGACGGCUUCUCCUCUGCCUUUGUCGUGGCCCACGAGACCGGACACGUACUGGGGAUGGAGCACGACGGUCAGGGAAACCGCUGUGGGGAUGAGACCACCAUGGGCAGCGUGAUGGCCCCCCUGGUGCAGGCGGCGUUCCACCGGUAUCACUGGUCCAUGUGCAGCGGGCAGGAGCUGAAGCGCUACAUCCAGUCCUAUGACUGUCUCCUGGACGACCCUUUCAAGCACGACUGGCCUCAGCUUCCGGAACUCCCUGGCAUCAACUACUCAAUGGACGAGCAGUGCCGCUUUGACUUUGGUGUCGGCUAUAAGAUCUGCACUUCAUUCCGUACCUUCGACCCGUGCAAGCAGCUGUGGUGCAGCCAUCCAGACAACCCGUACUUCUGCAAGACCAAGAAGGGCCCGCCCCUCGACGGAACCGAGUGUUCGCCCGGAAAAUGGUGCUACAAAGGUCACUGCAUGUGGAAGAACCCCAACCAGGUGAAGCAGGACGGGUCCUGGGGCAACUGGGGCAAGCACGGCGCCUGCUCCCGGACCUGUGGAACCGGGGUCCGCAUCCGCACCCGCCAGUGCACCAGUCCGGCGCCCUCCAACGGUGGUCAGGACUGCCCGGGAAUCAAUUACGAAUACCAGCUCUGCAACCCCGACGAAUGCCCCAAGCACUUUGAGGACUUCAGAGCCCAGCAGUGUCAACUCCGCAACUCUCACUUUGAGUUCCAGGGCUCCAAGCACCACUGGCUGCCCCACGAACACCAAGACCCGAGCAAGAGAUGCCACCUGUACUGCCAGUCCCGGGAAACAUUAGACCUGGCCUACAUGAAGCUGUUGGUGCACGACGGCACCAGGUGCUCCUACAAGGACGCCUACAGCAUGUGUGUCAGAGGGGAGUGCGUGAAAGUUGGCUGUGACAGAGAAAUUGGCUCCCACAAAGUUGAGGACAAGUGUGGAGUUUGUGGCGGAGACAACGCACAUUGCCGUACAGUAAAAGGGACAUUCACUCGCACGCCAAAGAAAACAGGGAAAACAAGAGGAGCCUUUUCCUUGCCCAAAGGAGCACGACAUGUGUACCUGAACGAGACGGAGGAUUCUAGAAAUGUACUUGGUCACCUUAAGAUGUUUCUGGUUCCUCCGGGAGCGAGACACGUGGUCAUACAAGAAAAUGAGGCCUCGCCUCAGGUUCUUGCGGUGAAGAACCAGGCGACGGGGCACUACAUCCUCAACGGGAAGGGGGAGGAGGCGGGCUCCAGGACCUUCAUCGACCUGGGGGUGGAGUGGGAGUACCAGGUGGAGGCUGACGUGGAGACCCUGCACACCGACGGACCGCUACACGACCCCGUUGUCGUUCUGAUAAUACCAAAGGACAAUGAAACCAGGUCUACUUUGAUGUAUAAGUACAUCAUCCAUGAAGACUCGGUGCCAAUUAACAACAACAAUGUCAUCCUGGAAGAUACGUACGAGUGGGCUUUGAAGAGCUGGUCGCCCUGUUCCAAGCCCUGCGCUGGAGGGUUCCAGUACACCAAGUAUGGAUGUCGGAAGAAAGGGGACACCCGGAUGGUCCAUCGAGGUUACUGUGACGUCAGCAAGAAGCCCAAGCCCAUACGCAGGAUGUGUAACCUCCAGGACUGCACACACCCUCAGUGGAUCUCGGAGGAGUGGGAGAACUGUCCCCGGACCUGUGGCAGCCUGGGCUUCCAGAUCCGGACGGUGCGCUGCGUGCAGUACUCCCAGGACGGCGCCAACCGCUCGGUCCACACCAAGUACUGCAGCGGGGAUCGGCCCGAGAGCCGGAGGCCCUGCAACCGGGUGCCCUGCCCCUCUCUGUGGAGGGUGGGGGCCUGGUCCGAGUGUUCGGUGACCUGUGGAGAGGGCGCUGAGAGGCGUCUAGUGAGCUGCCGGGUCGGAGACCAAUGCACCGGGGAGAGACCAGAGGCCAUAAGGCCGUGCCGACCAGGACUUUGCCACGAUGAGCCUUGCCACGGAGACAAGUCCAUCUUCUGCCAGAUGGACGUGCUGGCCCGGUACUGCUCCAUCCCCGGCUACCACAAGCUGUGCUGCGAGUCAUGCGGCCGGCGCUCGCCCUCCUCCCUCCCCCCCGAGUCCGCCCAGACGGAGGAGGAGCACCUGCGCUUCGGCUCCGCCUCCCAGCUCCUGGAGACGCUCACCGCCAACGCCACCGCCACCGCCAGGAGACACGGCCUGCCAAAACCAGGCCCGGGUAAGCACGGUUCGGCGAAGGCAUCGACGCCGGCAAAGGCUGGCCAACACGCGGCCGCCGGCCCAACCCGCGCCCCGCUGAGGAAGGCAACGGCCCCGCCCAACGGCAAGCCGCCGAGGCAGCGUGUGGUGCGGAGCCGGAGGCUCGCCGCCAUGGCGCCGGCGUCCCUAGCCGCCGGGCACGAGAGGUCACAUGGAGAGGGUCAGAGGUCAGGGGAGGUGACGGGGGAGAGUGGCCGGGCGAACACUGAGGGGGAAAGAUGAGGGGGGGGGGGGGGGCGGGGAGGUGUGGCCAGAACUCUGCUGCAGUCCAUUCCCAGCUGGUCUCCCUCUGCCCCCACUCUCCUUCGCACGACAUCGCAAGGAGAGAUAGAACGACAAAAAAAAAAAGAGAAAAACGGAAGGAAGACGAAGAGAAAAAGAGAAAAGUGCUGGUACACUUUGAGUCCCGUUCCCAAAUGCAGUGCCGUUGAUUUGUAUAGCACUGCCUGGUCCCACAGCAAGCUCUUUUUAACGCGUGAUAUACUGUACACCCUGAGGUUGAAUCGAAGGCAGAUUGUCAUACUCAGUUUUAUCUAGAUUCAAUAAUUUUGUCACAAACCAAAUAUGGAUUCAAAGACGAAACAGAAAAGACGAUCUUUUAUUCUGCACGAUUCGGUUUUUUUGGGGGUGCAAAGAUUUGGUAUCCUUUAGAGACGGCCAUGUUUAUCUAACAGUAAUAUAAAUUCAAUUUGACCUGAACCUGAACACUUUUGAAUCUCUUUUGAAAAAUGUUAAUCCUAGUCAUUCUUGGCCAUUCUGGUUAAUAUCCCCAGUUCUCUGAACUUGGGUGAUAAGGCGUACUGGCUCAUUUUGAAUGAAUUUGGAGGACUUCAAGACUUCCAAACACAAAAGUCCUGAGGGGAGUAGUUCUAGUUGUAUAGAACAUUUUGUUUUGUUUACAAUCUCAGUUUCUAUGAAAAAAUAAAUCAGUAUUAUUUUUGAAUAGAGAUGUGAUGAGCAGGCUGGUGAACUUUGAGCCCCUAUAUUAUAACUCAAAGUCAACCGGUUCAUUCUCAUUCUUCUUAUUUAACAGCGAGACUGACCUUUUAAAAUGAAUUGAUGCUUCUGCUCCCAGGUUUCACCUUACACUGCGAUUACCGUGGGAGCCAUGCGGCUAGAGAUUGAAAGCCGUGACCUUUAUGGACCUUGUAUUCAAUAUUCAUCUCCAUUGUAUUAUUGUGUAUAUGUUGAGAAUGGUAAAAAAAAAUAAGGAAAAAAAAGGAAAAGGAUGACAAUAUCGAGAUCGAAAGUUUUUGUUUUAUCUGCUACGCAGGAGAGAAAAAAAUUGUUUUAGCAAAAUCGGUUUGAUUUUGAUUCGGACGAAUUGUAACGAAUGAACCCGAAUAGUGUUGUCACGAGCGGUGCUAUUUUCUUUCUGAGGUCCGCAUGAUCUCGGCUCAGUUGAGGGCCUACAUUAGGUCCAUGCAGUUAUUUUUGCCCUGGAAUAUAUUAUUAAUAGAACUCAUCCCUUGACACAACCACAUGUUUUUUGCACACAUAUACACGCAUUUGUAAGUCUGAGGUUUGAUUGGUCGGGUUCUUACAAAAAGCAUGUAUGCUUCCAUUACCACCGCGUUCUUAUAAGCAUACUGAGCUGGACUUUGUGGAUCAGACACGACACUUUCAAUGUCGAACGAUUUCUUUAUCCUAAUCAUAGUUUUUUUCUAAAUGGCCUUUCCGGUUGUGGAAAGUCGUAGAGACUGAAAGCUAUUUAUUAAAAAAUAAAAGGAUUCUCACAGCCACCAUGCAUUUGACUGCAAUAGCUAAGACACAGGUUUGUGUUUCGGCAAAUAAAAAUAACAAUAGCACACUGCUAUUGACAGUAACUCUUGUGUGCCGAUGUAUAGUGCUUGUAUAUAGCAUGGAGUACAUUUAUAUUUAUUGAGAAGUCAAAGGUUCUGCUUUUGUUGGUUGUUUUUAGUUUUUUUCCUGUGCAGUGUCACAUGGUCAUCAACAUGUAGCAGGUGAACCAAUGAGAUCAGAUUUGCAGCGUGACGCCCCUUUGCCCCCAACCCUCUAUUUGAAAGCGGAUUAGCAACUUAAACAGUACAGUAGAGUAUGAGUGACAUUGUUUUUUGGCACACAAUUAUAUGUAAAUAUACAUGCUCAAUUUUGAGAUGUUUGACUUUUUGUUUUUUGAGAAAGCUGCCUUUCACAGCUGUUUUGUAGAAAUGAACCUAAAAUGCUGUUACAAUGUGCUACCUUUACUGGCAAGACUAAAAGCUUUAGAUGACCGAGUAAACAAAUACUGUGGCACCAGUAAACCAACAUUAGUGUAAUUCUUUGUGUUUAGUCUGAGUGUUUUCUCAAAACAAUUGACGUAUUUUCUCCCCAGGUUUACUUAAGGAACUUCAGUUUCCACGUACAAACAAUGCUGCUAAUUGUAUACGCUUGUAAUAAAUAUUAGGAUAGAUGUAGAUGUUACAUAGACAAUCCCUGAGCCUCAGACAGAUCUUACUGCAUAGUAAAACACCAGGUACUGUAUUGUAUAUCCCUGUGCUACUUGUGCCUUUGAGCAAUAAGAUUUAAAAAAGCCAAAGUGGGUUUCUCUCCUCUCCUUACCGCCUGUCCCUGUAUGUUUGUAGAUGAAGUGUACACUACUGAUGCUGUUUGUUGGAACGGGGAGCACAUAGCAUUAAAAUGAUAUAAUGAACAACCAUGGUGCCUGUAUUUCUUCAUUGUGUGUGGUGAAUGUAGUGAACGGUCCAUGUUUAAAGGUCACUGCCUCUCUCUCUGUGAGUUGUCUCCCUCGCUGGCGCCCGGUCUGUAAAGUAGGCCUACCUAUGGCUCAUUUAAUCUGACUGACAACUUCAAGAGUAAUAUGUCAAUGCAGAGAAAGUUUUAUAAAAUAGGCCUUCUAUGCUCUAAUUGUAAGACGUAAACGUCCGUCCAAUUGUUUGGUGAAAGCUUUUUUGAGCUUCUCUGUGAAGGAUGGUGGAGGGGGUUUAAUGG